GCGGCCAAGGGCUGUGUGGAGAGAGGCAGUCAGAGUGAGAAAGCAGAGGAAGAGGAGAGAGAAAAAUAGACGAUAGGGAUGUGUUUACGUGUGCGGUGAACAGUGCUGCGGGUCCAGUCAGAGCCGGAUACAGGUUUUAUAGCCGCACCGGACCGCGGCAAAACCGCCUCAGAGCCUGCCUCUCUCCUCUUCAUCCCCUCUAAACAACACUCCGCAAUGUCUGGCGGAGGAGAGGUACGCGUCCUCCGCCAAGAGCCUGGGCAAGAGAGCCCGAGGAUGCCGGCCUGGAAGCGAGAGAUCCUGGAGAGGAGGAAGGCGAAGGGCGGCGGGUCUGGAGGAGCAUGUGCCGCGGAGACAAGCCCCGGCGGUGCGGGUUCGCAGCGUGCUAACGGCGAGACGACGGGAAAUGUAAACGGCAGCAGCAGCAGCAGCAGCAGUAGCGGACCGAUCUGUGGGUCCGGGCGGAGCUACACCAUCACCACCGCCAGUCAACACUUCACGAACAACAAAGAGCCACGGCCGACGGACGCUGAGAGGACGAUACCGAGGGAGGACGACAGACAUGAGAGCCUGGUGCUACAGGAAAGUCUGGGCCCGCUGGAGGAGAACCCAUUCAUUAAACUGGAGAAGGAGCGGAGGCGUCGACAGGACCGAGAUAACGCUUCUCGUCCUGUCCAGCACAUCUUGGAGCUGUAUGGCAGUGUACCCGGUAUACGGACUAUCCGCGCAGACAAUAUUAUCAUAAUUGAGUCUGACCCGGAUUACUUUCCGGAAGCUGGUGGGGUAAACACCGGGUCCAAAUGGCAGCAGAACGGUGUGAGUAGUUACAGCUCUCUAAAUGACCUCCUGGACCGAAGAGGGAGUGCUGUUACUGAGAUAAGAGCCAAGGAAGUGGUCAUUUAUGACACCACGUUAAGCAAGAGUGAGGAGAACUUGAGCACCCUGGGCCGCCCUGAUCAUGAGGCCUCAUCAUACAAGACAGGUGAGGGCCAAGGCAGGGUUAGCCGGAUGCUGCAGAAGUUUGACAGCAACUACGGGAAGCUGCAGAAGAAGUCCCACAGCACAGAGAACCUGCUGGACCUGGACUGUAGUGCCAGCAGCAGGCCAAGACUCUGGUCCAGGCCACAGCCAGAUCUGGUGCCAAAGGCAAGGCCAGGACCGUCAAUCAGCAGCCCGGGCAGCAGCCAGCCAUCUUCGCCUGUCUUCCAGAGUCCAUUGUCUUCCAAACCAAGGCCACAGCCUGUUGUCUCUGAGCUGGGCAGCCCCCCACGCUCUGCCGGGACCCCUCAGCCUGUGUCUUCCUUCCGUCAGCGGUUUGAAGAGAGUGCAGGCCCUGGUGCAGCUGUCACCCCUGGCGAUGAGCCAGACAGGGUGCAAACCAAGUCCAUCAGAGAGAGAGACUGGGAAAGCUCUGAGGUGCCACCCAAACCCAAGGUGCCAUGCUCUCCAGAGACCCGUCGCGUCCGUGCCGAGCCCCCCUCAAGCCCCAUCUUGUUCAAGGUGUCGCGCUCCUCUUCUGACUUUGAGAUCCGUCCCUCACCGAAGCCAGACCUCACUCGAAUUCCUGAUGGGGACACCCAGGCACGGGCCCUCGCAAACCUGCGCCUGCAGUCCCGCAACUCCUUCACAGUGAUCCCCAAGCGCCGUGUUGCUGCCUCAUCUGCAACAGGCAGCCCAGCACCGCCCAGCCCCAUCAAGUCUUCCCCUUCCCACAGAGUGGCAGAGGUGCCCACGCCAGGAGUGCCAACCUCUCACACCCCUCCGCCCACCUCGACACCCUCAAAGAGGAAUGAGGAGAAACUGCAGGAGAAGGAAUUCGAGAGGCCCGGGAGGCUCUCCCAGCCUGAACCAUCUCCUUCUGUUGCCACAAGUCCUGCGACUCGUCCGACCUCAGAACCUGUGUCUCCAUCCCCUGCCCUAACCCCAGCUCCUUACUCAACACCUGCUCUGCCUUCACCCCCCUCCUCUCCAGCUGUCCCAUCUUCACCCCCCUCGUCUCCAGCUGUCCCAUCUUCACCCUCCUUCUCUCAUGUUCCUUCAGACUCUCCAGCCCCGUCUCCUGCCCCUUCUACCCCAUCCCCUGCUCCAGAACAACAUCCCGUGGAUCAGCUGCCUGUAACAAACAUAGACGACAUUGAUGUGGAGCCCCAGCAGCGUGUCUCCGCUCCCAGCCCCAUGGCACAGAGAAAAAAGGGCAACACCUUCACCGUGGUCCCUAAACGUAGGUUGGAGGCCGAGGGCCAGCCAAGCUCACCUGAGUCCCGGCAGGAAGCCUCAAGCGAGCCACCACCGGGAUCCACGCCCCCACAGGCCCCGUACGCUCAGCUGGGCUCCCUGCUGAAGAAACGCUACCCCGCUGCAGAGGAGAUUGAGGUCAUCGGUGGUUACCUUUCACUUGCAAAGUCCUGCCUCUCCAAGACGGGCUCCAUGGGCAAGAAGCUUAAGAUCUCAUUCAACGAGUCAAGUCUCCACAGUACGUACGAGUAUCCAUCCGAGAGCAGCGCGUGGGACAGCGAGGACGAAGACGAGGACGAGAAACUAGACGAAAAGCUGGCGGAUGAACAGCCGAGCAUGGUGGGACGCAUCCACAUCCCCCGACCCAGUUUCACCAGCUCGCCCACGCACACGUCCAACAGUAACGACCUUUCCAGCUACAUUCCCAAGCACUCUGUGGACUUUAGCGCCUGGCAGGAGCACAAACACGAGGACAGUGUUUACCAGGAGGACACCACUUCCCAACACACACAGAUGACAGAGGAAGUCAUGCUCACACCUGCAGACAGCUCCUCCCUGUCGGACUACAGCAGCGAGCCCGCUCUUUACUUCUGAUCAGAGGGACCAAUCAUCUGUACCGUAGCACCCCCCCUCUGCCCCCCGUGGGACCAGCCUGACCUGCCUCCAGCUCUACACUCCAGCCGUCUCUAAGCACAUCUUCCUGCUCAGACAGGAAACACAGUAUUUAGUCUUUGUUUUUCACAGCAGAAGGGCGUUUUUUGCCAGGUGGCCGGUGUUACCAUUCCCAACCUUCCUCUUGACUUGCCGCAAAGAAUCCAAAAGCAGCUGGACUGUGUUUGCCCCUACGAUCCAGGACAGUUGAUCUGUCAGCCCCCCUCCCUCCCUCCCUCGUUUCCUCGCCCUCACUAACAAAAGACAGACAGAAUUGAAUCGAUUGUCAAAACCUAGAGAGACGUCUGCCUUCCUCUCCAGACUCCAGAAGAACUCCAGAGUCCCCCCUACGGUGAUUCUCUUGGUUCCGACUUCAACAUUUGCUUCCGGUUUUUGGGGAGGAUGUAGACAAGCGUGAGUGACCAAACUCCUUAAAAGAACAGGGAGCCGCCAGUGCCCACGCGUGGGUGACGCCACGGCGACAGAGUUCAGUGUUAGCAUGGAAACAUGUGAUUCGGAUGUCCAAAAAAAACGUAGGGUUGGUGGAGGACGUGUCUGCUUGUGUCGCUCGCUGGCACACUAAGACACACAAAAACAACAACAAAAAAAUGAUGAAAGUGUGCCACAAUUGUAGUUUCUUUGUCUCUUUUUGUACCUGCAUGUUUUUGAUUUCAGCCAACAGCUUGGUUGGUUCUCUUGGACGGUAACGCUUCGGUAUGCCUUUUUCAGUUUUUGGUUUCCCGGCAAACUCUGCCUGUAUUAAAGCUGCUGGAUGUUCAGUGGAAGAGUGUCAACAGCAGGCAAACUUCAACACACUUCCUUUUAUUAGUGACGAGGGAGGGAAAAUAUGCACCCCAGGGAUCGUUUCUGUCAGGCAGCAGCAACUGAUUCUGAUAACCUGCUUGAAAAAGUGCCCUUGGCCAAUGUCUGUAUGUCCGUAUUGCUGGUGACAAACAAAACUCAUCAUACUGUAGAAUGUUUCUGUGUAUGCUCGAUCAAGGUAUUUGUGUCAUGUUUAUCAAAAGCUGUCAGCGGUCGCCUUUUUUAUUCUGGCUUCUUGUGUAUUUAUUCCUGCUUAAAGUUGAAGUUUGCAUGUCUGAGACCUGCUCAUGUACAAAAAAACCUGUUUUUGUAAAGACACAUUUGCUGGUGUGGAAGGAACCGGACGGGUGCGGAGAGCCCCGCCGGACGUUGUUUUUGUGUUGUUGUUGUUUUCCAGUCGGACCUCAUGUACUUUGACAUUCCACAAGAGGAAGAAGAAGCCGGUCCAUCAAAGUAACGAAGGCAAAACAACCAUCACGAUCAUUCGUAACAUGGCAUGUUUGUGAGAGCGAAUGCAAGAUUGUGUGCUUUUGAAAGAAGAUGUAAGGAUUUUUUUUAUUAAGAUUGUUUUAUAUACAAGAAUGCACCAAGUUUCCAGAGGAAUUUUUUUUUUUUUUUUCUUUAACUCAUAAUGCCAAGUGAUUAAAGUGUUGCUGUAACAGC